CCGCCAGUUCCAUCAAAAUUCACAGAGCAUCCAAAUUCCAAAGUGAGAAAAAGAACUCAGAGGUCUAUAACCAAAUACCUGAAAACCUUGGGCAUACGCCAUUUUCACUUCCACUUUAUUCCUUCCGCGCUUUGGGAUUUGCUGUUUCACUUACAAUUUCCGUCGCCAGUACGAGCGAUUCACUUCACCGCCGUAGGUUUUGAGAAGCUGACAAUCUGUCAUUUGAGUCGUAACCAAUUAUCAGUACAUAAGGAAGUUUGUUUUUAAUUCAGUGAUAUAGCUUCUGGCAGUAUUAUGUCUUCAGCAGGUGGCAAACCUAUAACUGAUGCGCUUAUUGACAACUUCCCUAAAGAAAUAAAUGAAAUGAAGAUCAAAGAUGACAAAGAAGGAAAGGAAAUGGAAGCAGCUGUUGUGUAUGGAAAUGGAACUGAAACAGGUCACAUCAUUGUGACGACUAUUUUGGAGGGGGGGGGGCAGCCAAAGCAGGCCAAAUGCCUUGAAAUAGGAGAAACUCUGGCAAUAAAAAAGGUCUUGCAGGACAAGAGAUGCAAGAACCGAGAAUUGCAGACUAUGCGGCUUCUUGAUCAUCCUAGUAUUGUUUCACUGAGGCACUGCUUCUUUUCGACCACAGAAAAGGAUGAGCUCUAUCUAAAUUUGGUUCUAGAAUUUGUACCUGAAACUGUCUACCGUGUGUUGAGACAUUACAGCAAAGCAAGCCAACGGAUGCCUAUGAUAUAUGUCAAGCUAUACACAUAUCAGAUAUUUAGAGCUUUGGCUUAUAUACAUGGGAUAUGAGUCUGCCACAGGGACAUCAAACCUCAGAAUUUACUGGCCAACCCCCCCACACAUCAGCUUAAGCUUUGUGAUUUUGGGAGUGCAAAAGUCCUGGUCAAAGGCGAGCCAAAUAUUUCAUAUAUCUGUUCACGUUAUUAUCGUGCUCCUGAACUUAUAUUUGGAGCAACUGAGUACACCAAUGCAAUUGACAUUUGGUCUGUGGGUUGUGUCCUAGCUGAACUGCUUCUUGGUCAGCCCCUCUUUCCUGGUGAGAGUGGUGUAGAUCAGCUCGUCGAAAUAAUCAAGGUUCUUGGAACACCAACGCGUGAAGAAAUCAAGUGUAUGAAUCCAAAUUACACCGAGUUCAAGUUCCUGCAAAUCAAAGCUCACCCCUGGCACAAGAUGAGAAUCUUGAGCUAUGUUCCUAUAUAUAAGAUACAUUUUUUGAUGCACAUCAAGAAACUCGUGACCUCAACCCUGGAUUGUACUGAUUUUAUGCCUCCUGAAGCUGUAGAGCUUGUGUCAAUGCUUCUCCAGUAUUCUCCAAAUCUGAGGUGCACCGUGAUGAGUUUGGAAACUCUUGCUCACACUUUCUUUCAUGAACUACGUGACCCUAAUGGUCGUCCAUUGCCACCUCUGUUCAACUUCAGGCCUCAAGAGCUGAAAGGAGCGUCUCAAAAACUCUUAAACAAACUGUUACCAGAACAUGCUAAAAAGCAGUGCCCCUUAGUUGGGUACUAGUCUUUAAGAAUCUGUGUAUCUUUUGUAAACUUGAUCCUAUUUGUUAUUUUGCUAUCCCUGUAUUUAUUCUCUAAUAUAUAUUGACCAGAGAAUUAGGAAAACCUUUUGACAUCUCCUGUUCAUUAUAUACCACUUUUAGCCAAUUAUGUAAUCAGCUGAUUUUGCCCCAUGUACUUUAUUCCAGAGACAAUUAUUUGUAAAUAGUAAUGUAUAAUGAAAUUUUCCUUAUUCGUUAUCAAGAA